AUGCCUACCGAUAUUAGGAGCUUCUUUGGCAAACCUAGCCAAGGGUCCGACUCGUCGCCUGCGAAACCGCCGGCGAAAAAAGAGGACUCGACUGCGACGAGAAAAAAGCGCAGCAGAAAGGUUGUGGACGACAGUGACGACGAGGAGGUAGCUGAGAUCAAGGCACCGACACCAAAAGCUAAAACCCCAGCUAAGCCGUACCCCGAACCGGCCAAAGGAGAACCCACGUCGACAUCAGAUUAUUUCGGCUCUAGUAAGAAGAAAAGCCGGUCCGCGAAGACGAGCAAUGAACCUCCUACCGCUACACCCCCGGCUACGAAGGAGAAGCCGGCUAGCGAUCGCAAAGCCGGAAGCCCCCGAAAAGCGAAAGAAAGUCCAGCUGUUGAAGUCUCGAUAAAACCGACAAAACGCGCACCCCGGGAAACUACGAAGAAAAGCAAGGCUGCUGACGAUGAUGAAGAUCUUGGCGGCGACGAUAUAUUUGCGACGGAGUAUGGAAGAUCGGGCAAACGCGACGAUGACUAUAUGGAGGGCGACAACGAUAAUGAUAGCGACCUCGAAGAGCUGGCUGUAAGACCGGCAACAGCAACUUCUGGAAAGACAGCGCACGACAAGAAAGCUCCCAGCGCUGAAGAGGAUGACGACGUGGUCAUGGAGGAUAUUCCGAAAUCUUCCUCGAAAGCCUCGAAAUCGGCGGCUGAACGGCCAGCGCGCAAGCGGAAAUCUGAGGUACUUGAUAAAGCAGACGAGACACAGGACGGUGCGGAGAAAAAAGCGCCAGCUUCCUCAGUCCCAUCGACAAAGAAAUCAAAAGCAUCUCCCACCAAGCAAGCUCAGCCGGAAAGCAAAGAGAUUCAAGAUAUCUUUGACAGCAUUCCAACGAUCAAACCUCCCUCGCCUCCCCCGAAGGGUGAUGAAAAGAAGAAAUUCAAUUUCGCUGCUCAGCGGUCAAGAACACCUCCGGGUGGUGGAUCUGCCGAACUACCAGAGGGCGCUGAGAACUGUCUUGCUGGGCUCUCUUUCGUUUUUACCGGUGUACUUGAGGUGAUAGGUCGCGAAGAGGGUCAGAAUUUGGUCAAGAAAUACGGCGGCAAGGUCACUGGUGCGCCUAGCUCAAAGACAAGCUACGUCGUCCUGGGUAGUGAUGCCGGGCCCAGCAAACUGGCGACAAUACAAAAGCACAAGCUGAAGACUAUCAACGAAGAGGGACUUUUUGAGCUGAUCAGGCGGCUUCCUGCAAAUGGCGGUGAUGGAAAGGCGGCUGAGAAACAUGAUGCUAAGAGGAAGGCUGACGAAGAGAAAAUCCGUGCCAUGGCUGCUGAGAUUGAUCAGGAAGAGUCGCGCAAAAAGAAGGCCAUGGCGGCUGCUGCCCCUAGUCCCUCUAGCUCUCAGGGUCCGGUGGCUUCUCAAGGCGUGAAGGUGGACGACCGUCUCUGGACAACAAAAUACGCACCGACAUCAAUCAACAUGAUUUGCGGCAACAAAGCGGCUGUCGAAAAACUCCAGAACUGGCUCCGUGACUGGCAGAAGAAUGCAAAAACGAACUUUAGCCGUCCCGGAAAAGAUGGUUCUGGUAAAUAUCGCUCUGUUAUGAUCCAUGGACCUCCAGGAAUUGGUAAGACUACUGCGGCGCAUAUGGUGGCCAAGCUUGAAGGUUACGAUGUAUUAGAGUCCAAUGCGAGUGAUACCAGAAGCAAGAAGCUUGUGGAGAAUGGUCUUGUUGGCGUCCUCGACACUACCUCUCUCCAGGGAUAUUUCUCGGGCUCCGGCAAGAAAGUCGAGAGUGAAAAAAAGAACAUGGUCCUGAUUAUGGAUGAGGUGGACGGAAUGUCGGCAGGCGAUCGAGGUGGUGUCGGGGCUAUGGCUGCCGUUGCGAAGAAGACGCAAAUUCCUCUCAUUCUCAUUUGUAACGAGCGAAGACUUCCGAAGAUGAAGCCAUUCGAUCACGUCACGUAUGAGGUUCCUUUUAGGCGCCCGACCGCUGACCAAAUCAGAGCUAGAUUGUCUACGAUCUGCUUUAGAGAAGGCUUGAAGAUCCCACCACCCGUUCUGGACGGUCUAAUCGAAGGUACUCAUGCCGAUAUCCGUCAAGUCAUCAACAUGCUCUCGACGGUGAAACUUGACCAGCAGAACUUGGACUAUGACAAGGGCAAGGAGAUGUCUAAAGCAUGGGAAAAGCAUGUGAUUCUGAAGCCAUGGGAUAUUGUUGGCAAGAUCCUCAACGCUCAGAUGUUUUCUCCCAGUUCGAAGUCCACAUUGAACGACAAGAUUGAACUCUACUUCAAUGACCACGAAUUUAGCUACCUGAUGCUUCAGGAGAAUUAUUUGAAGACGAAGCCAGUACUUGCCAACAAUUAUCAGGGCAAGGAGCAGAAACUGAAAAUGCUUGAACUCGCAGAUAAUGCGGCUUCCAGCAUCAGUGAUGGCGACCUUGUUGACAGAAUGAUCCAUGGCUCGCAGCAGCAAUGGAGCUUAAUGCCAACGCAUGCUGCUUUCAGUUUUGUUCGUCCGGCUAGCUUCUCCUACGGAAACAUGAUGGAACGCCCCGGGUUUACUAGCUGGCUGGGGCAGAAUAGCAAGCAAGGGAAAAUGUCGCGUUAUGUCAAAGAGAUUCAGGGCCACAUGCGGCUCCGUUCUUCUGGCGACCGGGAUGAAAUCCGGCAGCAAUACAUGCCGCUGGUCUGGGAGAAGUUGGUCCGCCGGCUGCAGAACGAGGGCAAAGACAGCGUGGAGGAAGUUAUCGAUUUCAUGGACAGUUACUUCCUGACGCGCGAGGACUGGGAUGCUCUUCUUGAGCUUGGACUUGGGCCAAUGGAUGAAUCCACCGUCAAGCUUGAGACACAGACCAAGGCUGCAUUUACGCGUGUCUAUAACCAGCGCUCGCAUCCUCUACCAUUCAUGAAGGCUAGCAACGUCGUGGCACCGAAGAAGGCGCCGAAGGAGAAGCCUGACAUUGAAGAUGCGAUCGACGAGUCGGACGAAGAUGAAGUGGUCGAGGAGGAGUCGAAGGAACAGGAUGAGGAGGAAGAACUGGAUCUGAAGAAGGACAAGUAUGUCAGUUUGCCGAAGAAGAAGGCUGCAGCCGGCAAAGGGAAAAAGGGCAAACAGAAAGCUGCGGAUGACGAUGAGGCGGAGGAGAAACCGAAGAGAGGAAAGGCCCGAAAGCCUAAAGUUAAGGCUUGA